GUCUUUGAAUCAGCCAUACACGUUAUUUUCUCAUCGUAUACACUUACAUAUUAAUAUAUACAGUACAUAAUAUAAUUCCACUUUUAAAUUUGUAAAACGUCAUUGGCAAUCAACAACGCGCGUCGUGGCUCGCCUCUCGCUGCAGUAUCUAUUAUUAUUAUCAUCAUCAUCAUCUGCCAGACGUUCCCGUAUUGCAAUUGGUCUGUGGACGUUCAUGCGCAGGUACUAUACACACAAUAGCUGCUACUGAAACCGAAUUAGUCUUUCAACAUGUCUGCACACAACGAUGGCAAUACCAAUUUGUAUUCCAAAGACACGCCGGAUAUCGAGGAAUUGUUGCGGUUGAACCCAAAGGUAAAAAAUACUGGAAGUUCGGUGUGCGCCAAAGUCAAGCCAACGGUUCGCACAAAAUUCGAUCGUCGACACUAUAAGCGAAACUCGACUUUCUGCGAAGACACUGGCUGCGUUGGAGGCAAGUGCGGCACCGGUUGUGGUCUCCUGAACAACUGGGAUGACGUGAAGCCGACUACCCUGAGCGAAAGGGCCGCGCUGAGAGAGUCAGCCCGUUGUUUGAAAUGCGCCCACGCACCCUGUCAGCUCUCCUGUCCGACCAGCAUCGACAUCAAGUCGUUCAUCACCAGCAUAUCCAACAAGAAUUACUACGGAGCCGCAAAAAUGAUACUCUCCGACAAUCCUGUGGGACUCUCGUGCGGCAUGGUGUGUCCUACGGGAGAACUUUGCGCCGGGUCGUGUAACCUGGAAGCGACGGAAGAAGGAGCCAUCAACAUUGGCGGCCUACAACAGUUUUGCGUCGAGACAUUCCGGCGGAUGGGCGUGCCUCCGACUGUAGAUCCCAAUCUGAAGCUGGUCAAAGGCUCGAAGAACGCCAAAAUCGCAUUGUUGGGUGCCGGACCGGCUGGUGUGGUGUGCGCCACGUACUUGGCUCGUUUGGGCUACGCCAACAUAACCGUGUACGAGAGCCGAGCUUAUCCGGGAGGACUGAGCACCACCGAAAUACCGCAGUACCGGUUACCGUUCCAGGCCGUGCAGUGGGAAAUAGAACAGUUGCUCAAAUUAAAAGAACCCGACAGCGGUCGUCCCAGAGUGCGCAUCGAAUACGGGCGAAAACUUUCAAACAAAGACCUCACUCUAAAGGGAAUGAUUGAAGACAUGGGAUACGAGGCGGUGUUUGUGGGUAUUGGCUUGCCGGUGCCCAAUGUUCCCAAAUCGUUCUUGGGCAGCCACGCUGGCAUAGGAGCUCGGGAAGGCUUCUACACGUCCAAGACGUUGUUGAAUGCCGUUUCUGCGUACAGCAAACGUCUCGCUCAAAUUGAGAACAAAGAAAACUGUCGGAAAACGUCCGGUUGUUGCGGAGGCGAAAAAUCGUCUUUGGGCUGUAGCGGUGGCGACGGUGCCGGGUUGCCUAGGAUGAACGGCAAGAGGGUACUGGUGUUGGGCGCCGGUGACACGGCCAUGGAUUGUGCGACGGCCGCCCUAAGGUGUGGGGCUCGACGGGUAUGGCUGGUAUUCCGCAGAGGCACUACCGACGUGCGUGCCGUCCCCGAAGAGGUGCAACUGGCCGUGUCGGAGAAAUGCGAAUUCGUGCCGAACCUGUCGCCGGUGGAAAUUCUGUUUGCCGAACAACCGCAACAAGAGAAAAGAGUGUGCGGUGUCAGGUUCAGGCGGACCGACCGGUCGGACCAGGACGACGACAAAUGGAUAUCCACGGACCAGGAGUGCGUGUUGAAGGCAGAUUUCGUCGUGUCCGCGUUUGGUUCGCGGUUGACCGGCGACAGCCCAAACGACGACUUAAUCGAGGCCAUCCAGCCGGUGAUCCAGCUCGAUCCUCGGACAGGAUGUAUUCAGACGUGCGAAGAGACUUCUAGAUGCAUCCUAGGUAAUAAGGAAGAUGACCAGACUGGUGCGCCGCCCGUUUGGUGUGGAGGAGACGCGGCCGGCCGAUCUGAGACGACCGUGGAGUCGGCCAACGACGGAAAGACAGCCGCUUAUCACAUGCACCGAUACCUACAAAAACUGUAUGCGUCCAAAAACAACAUUGAAAUCAACGACCAGGACAUUGGUUAUUCGCUGCCCGGAUUCAGGACUGCCGUGGACGACGUUGACAUAAGCGUGGAGAUGUGCGGUCUCCGGUUCGAGAACCCCUUUGGCUUAGCCUCAGCACCACCUACCACCAGCGCGGCCAUGAUACGGCGAGCCUUCGAAGCCGGAUGGGGCUUUGCCGUCACCAAGACUUUUAGCUUAGAAAAGGAUAUAGUCACCAACGUGUCGCCGCGGAUCAUAAGUUCGUCUUCCAUGUCGAACAGCUCUGGAGGUUUUGGACCAGAACAAAAUGCGUUUUUGAACAUUGAACUCAUAUCAGAGAAGACCACCGAUUACUGGUUGCAGUCCAUCCGCGAACUCAAGCGUGAUUUCCCCAAGAAGAUCUUGGUGGUGAGCAUCAUGUGCGCGUACAACGAAGACGAUUGGACGGUGUUGACGAGGAAAGCCUGCGAAGCCGGUGCCGACGCUUUGGAGUUGAACUUGAGCUGUCCGCACGGCAUGGGAGAAGCCGGCAUGGGUCUGGCGUGCGGCCAGGAUCCAGUGUUGGUGGAAAACAUUGCCCGCUGGGUGAAGAGAGUCGCCCAAGAGUAUACCAACGAAACCGGGCCUUCGUCGCAGAGACAGGCGAUCCCGGUGUUCGUCAAGCUGACCCCCAACAUAACCGAUGUGGUGCAAAUAGCCAGAGCUGCCAAACUCGGCGGAGCCGACGGAGUGACCGCGGUCAACACGGUUUCUUCUCUGAUGUCCUUGGACCCGCUCGGGAUGCCUUGGCCCAAGAUAGGUCGCGCGGAGUCAGCCGGGGGACAACCUUCGGCUCCCAGUUUCAAGACCACUUACGGCGGUAUGUCCGGCAACGCUUGCCGACCGAUAGGCCUCAGGGCUGUGUCGGCCGUAGCCAAAGCCAUCGGACCCGAACCCUCAGGGCUCGCCAUAAUGGCCACGGGCGGGGUGGACAGUGCCGAAGCCGCUUUGCAGUACAUCCGUUGCGGUGCAGCCGUCGUUCAGGUUUGCAGUGCCGUGCAGAACCAAGACUACACGUUGAUUCGGGACUAUUGCACGGGUCUGAAAGCUCUGUUGUACCUUCAGGCCAACCCGCCGCCUUCGACCGACGGCAGCCGCUGGGUCGGUCAAUCGCCCCCCGAACCGGUGGCCGUUCAAAAGGGCAAACCCAUCGUGCCCGGCACGGAGGUGAAAAACAAGCAGCUGAAAGACUUGCUGUUGGAAUUGCCCGCGGACGACCUGGAAGAGUUCCAAGGAGCCGCGGUGGACAACACCAGGGCAGACGACGAGACAGUGUCGCUUCCACAUUUCGGGCCGUACUUGAAAAUAAGGCGAUUGAUUUUGGCCAAACAAAACCGAGAAUCUCUUUUGAAAGCUUCGCCAAAACCACAGUGUUGUCCGGUUGAUAUCGACUCACUUGGACAGUCCAACGAGGAGGUUGCUGCCGCCCCGACCGUGGGAAGUUUGAUAGGGUACAGCGUGCCAGCCAUCGGGCCUUAUGUAAACUUGGACAAAGCAGCCCAAACCGUAGCGCUCAUAAACGAGGAUUCUUGCGUGAACUGUGGCAAGUGUUACAUGGCUUGCAACGAUUCGGGUUAUCAGGCCAUCGAGAUGAAUCCACUCACACACACGGUCCGUGUCCACCCAGACGACUGUACGGGUUGCACCCUGUGUUAUUCGGUCUGUCCAAUACCAGGAUGCAUCAGCAUGGUAACCAAAACGGUUCCUCACAUAUUGAAAAGAGGCACCCGCAAAGAAUUUCUGCCCACACACGGUUAUAAACCACAACAAACGUCGUCGGACAUUUCCUUGGGAUCGGCUGUUCAAUAAAUAAAUAAAAAACAAAUUAGAGCAAAAUAUUAUAAUGAUAGAGAAGAAUGCGAGUAAUUGAGAAUUUUUUUCUUUCCCAGUAACAAUAAUUAUUAUUACAUAAUCGAUAUUUGUAAUUAGGACAACAGCAACAAAAAAAAAACAAAUUAUAUCUUCACCGAAUUUAUGAUAAUAAAUUAUAGAAUGCGGGUUAUAUCGUGUGAAAUCGACACAACAAUUUUAAUUUUUGUUUUGUCAUCGAAACGAGAUUAAAAAAAAAUAAUUAUUAAAUUAUCAAACAAUAAUAUAAAAAUAUUAAUAAAAAUUGUGUGUCAAUUUUAAAGUAAUAUCUGAAGAUUGAAAAAAGAAAAAAAAAGGUCCGUUUAAAGAUGUUACUUUGAUGAAGAAAAUUUAACUUCAGACAAUCCAAAUUGUGCAAGUACAUUGUUUCACCGUGUUUGUACAACAAGUAUCAAACAUUUUGGCCGAAUGUGAAACGUAAGUGAAAAUUGUUGUGUUGAUUUUACAUGACCCAAUUAUUAUCUUGGUAAUAACCCAUUUAUUUUAUUAACAAUAAACGUGAACGGUUGA